GUAGCUAGGAGGCUAACGGUAGCUGUGCUACAAGUUGGGGGCGACCAAAACAAACGAUGGUGACGGAGUAGAGGAGCCGAAAUAAUACCUCGGAUUGAUCAUGGCACAGCAUUUGAUUUGACGCUAGCGGUAGAGUUUUGGAUGCAGAACGACACAGCGAGCGGUCUUGAGUGCCAGCUUGCCAGUUUCGGAGCUGGAAGUACCUGGCAUCGGUGCUGUCCAUAUAUAGCAAAUGUAUAGCUUUUGCUAACUAGCUACGCGGUGACCAGCUGUCAACAAAGCUUCCCUGGACAAGUUUCGGCCUUUGUGGAAUACUCGCACCGAGUUAGUGUUCAUGAACGAAACAUGCGGAUAAAGUGACGGCGUCACGGUGUGGCGAAUUCACUUAAGAAAAAACGAGUUACACGUUUUGCUCGCUAGUUAGCCAACCUUAUCGCCAAAAUGAGUUGGUUUAACGCAUCCCACCUAUCCACCUUUGCUAAGCAAGCUUUAACAACAGCUCAGAAGUCCAUUGAUCGUGUAUUGGACAUCAAAGAAGAGGACCAAUGGGGUGACACUGUUGUAAUGCCCUACGACGAUGUUACUUUACCUGGGAAGCUUUCACUGAGUGGAGGAUGGGGGAUGACGCAGUGGGAAGCGCCCCCUGAAGAAAAGACCACCACUCCCCCUCCUUCCUCAGAGGCCAUUACUACCCCUGUCACUCGUACUGUUGUGGAUGAAUCCGAAAACUUUUUCAGUGCCUUUCUGUCAUCCGGAGAUGUGCAAGCUGUCACCAAAACCCAGGUAGUGUCUGUACCGCCCACUAAAUCCCAAAGGCCACCUCAAGAGGAGGAGGAGAAGAAAAUCAACGAGGACGUAGUCCAACAGGAUGAGGAGACUCCAAAUUCUGGACCCGAUGAGAAGGUUCACGAAAGUCAGAUUUCUGAGAGCCAGACGGAGGAGCCAGAGUCUUCACAAACAGCACCUUAUGCAGACACCAUCCUUCUGCAGCCAGUUUCUCCCGUUUCAUCUUCCACUGAUCUUCCAUGUAACACUGACAGUAAAACAUGCAGCGUAAAAACAGAUGGUGGCUCAGCAGAUUCUGUAGACUCAAAAAUAGAGCCGUCACAGGCUCCGUCUGAGCAACAGGUCGACCAGGAUACCACAGAUUCCCCCGAGCCUUCUACUUCUGAACCUAAGAAACCAACCUCUUCUGGUCCAUCACCUUCCACAUCAUCUAAGGAAGCUCUCCAAGAGCAGAAAGACAUAAAGGUGGAGGAUCGUCAAAACGAUACACCCUCCCCUCCAGUCAGCGCCUUUUCCUCAGGAACCUCUACCACCAGUGACAUUGAGGUGCUCGACCAUGAGAGUGUGUUGAGCGAGAGCUCUGCCAGCUCCAGACAAGAAACCGGCGAGAGCAAAGCUGGUCUUCACUUAAUGCAGGGCUCCUUCCAGCUUCUCACUGCCUCCACCUGUGGAGAUUUCCCCCGACUGGAGGACUACCCCAAACUCACAGAGAGCUGCGGCUCCUCCUCGGAUGCGUUUGAGCGCAUCGAUUCAUUUAGUGUUCAGUCACUGGAUAGCCGAAGCGUCAGCGAGGUGAACUCAGACGAUGAGAUCCCUGGCAGUCGGACUCUGGCGUCUGUCACUGCAGGACCUACUUCGUUGACGGUAUCAUGUCAGAAGCAGGAAGAUGGAGUUGAGGAAAAGGCGGGCAAAGUGGAAGAGGAUGAGGAUGAGGAAGAGGGAUUAACCGAAACAAUGAGGAAGCAGUCGUUGGAUGAGAUGGAGGAGAGUGGACGGAGUGCAACGCCUGUGAAUAGCGAGCAGCCGGAAGAAUUGAUGGAGCAGGAAACGGAGGCCAACGCCUCGCUGUCGGAUUCCACCUUGAAAGCUGAAGAUCAGAUCACAAUCACUCCACCGAUCACAGAAGAGAUGAAAAGUGUCUCAACUGUUCAGAUUUUGGAGCUUCAAAAGGUUAUUGAUGAGCUGUCAGGCCGCCUCGAGAAGAGAGAGUCUCAGCUGCUGGCAGUGAGCAAAGACAAGGCCAAACUGGAGGAGGAGUGUGACAACCUGAAAGAUGAAGUGAUAAGCUUGAAGGAGGAGAGCUCCACUGUUCAGUCCCUGAAGGAUGAGUUCACCCAGCGCAUCGCAGAUGCAGAAAGGAAAGCUCAGCUGGCCUGUAAAGAGAGAGACAUAGCCAAAAAGGAGAUAAAGGGUUUGCGAGAGGAACUUUCUACGAGACUAAACUCUAGUGAUACAAUGGAAGUCAUCAGAGAAAAGGAGGAGCAGAUAAGAGGUCUGCUGGAAGAGGGUGAAAAGUUGUCCAAGCAGCAGCUGCAGCAUAGCAACAUCAUCAAGAAGCUCCGUGUUAAGGAGAAGGAGAGCGAUGCGAGGAUCUCCAAGCAGCAGAAGAAAAUCACGGAGCACGAGGAAGAGCUCAGGCACCUGCAGCAGGUCCUAGACGGGAAGGAGGAGGUGGAGAAACAGCACAGGGAGAACAUCAAGAAGCUGAAUGGUGUGGUGGACCGGCAGGAGAAGGAGCUGAGCAGGCUGCAGUCAGACUGUGAGGAGCUGCAGGAGAAAAACAGGAGCCUUCAGGCCGCUCUGGACAACUCUUACAAGGAGCUGGCAGAACUUCAUAAAGCGAAUGCCAGCAAAGCCAGUGAGGCUGAAGAGGUAGCUCUGAGCAGGGAAACGCAGGCCAAAGAACAGCUGAGUCUAGCUCUUGAGAAGGCCCAGGAGGAGGCCAGGAUCCAACAGGAAGCACUGGCCAACCAGGUGGCUGACCUCAGACUGGCCCUGCAGAGGGCAGAGCAACAGCAGGCAAGGAAAGAAGACUAUUUGAGGGAGGAGAUCAGUGAGCUUCAACAGAGACUACAAGAGGCAGAGACAAGAAACCAGGAGCUCAGCCAAAGCGUCACUUCAGCCACGCGGCCAUUACUGCGACAAAUUGAGAACUUACAGGCCUCGUUGGGUGGACAGACAGCAUCCUGGGAAAAACUGGAGAAGAGCAUAUCUGACAGGCUAGCGGAUGCCCAGGCACAGCUGGCUGUUGCCGUAGAGAAAGAACGAUCAGCAACGGAAGAACUCUUGUCCAUCAGAUCUCAGCUGGCUUCUCUGGAAUCCCAGAAUUCCCUGCUCCGCCAGGAAAAAGCCAGGCACCUGGCACAGCUGGAGACCGAGAAGAACAAAAGAGAGAAACUGGAGGAUGAGAGCAGCAGGGAGCAUGUUGAAUUGGAAAAUCUGCGAGGAGAACACAGUCGAAUGCUUGAAGAGUCCAAGAAAGAAAAGCUGCUGCUGACCAAUCAGCUGGAGAUGGAGAAGAUGAAGGUGGAGCAAGAGAAAAAGAAAUGCUACUUGGCCCAAGAAGCACUCAAGGAAAAGGAGCGGAAGGUGAUGAUGAGCCACUCCGUCGGGGAGCCUGCUCCAUCUUCCACUCCCUCCCUGUCCCGCUCCAGCUCCAUCAGUGGGGCAGACAAUGCUGGGCUGCACACGUCUAUUCUUUCCCAGGACGAAUCUUCAGACCCCUCCCUGGGCUCCUUGACCAUGCCUGUGUCAAUGAGCGGGACCAACCUGUACGAGGCUGCCAGACUAUCUGGAGGCUCCAGCAUUAUAGAGAAUCUCCAGUCUCAACUCAAACUGAGAGAAGGAGAGAUAGCACAGCUGCAGCUUGAGAUCACUAGUCUGGAAAGAAGCCGCUCUGUGAUGGCGGAAGAACUGGUUCGACUCACAAAUCAAAACGAUGAGAUGGAUGAAAAAGUGAAGGAAAUCCCCAAGCUGAAAGUUCAGCUUAAGGACCUGGAGCAGAGGCACAACACCAUCCUGCAGAUGUACGGAGAGAAGGCUGAAGAAGCAGAGGAACUGAGACUUGACCUGGAGGACGUAAAGAAUAUGUACAAAACUCAGAUUGAUGAAUUGCUGCGCAAUCAGAAAUGAUCUAGUUUAACACACUGUGUUAAUUCCGGGGGCACAAAGCUUUUUGUCCAUCAUAGCCACAAAUGCAUUGUCAGAGAAUUUUAGUUCAAACACUGCAUCAAAAGAAAAUCCAUGCAUCUUUAUCUGUUAUUUUGUUUUAAUGCUCAUGCUCUAUUUAUGUGGAGAUGUUGGGAUUUACAUAAAACAUACAACUCACUUCAAAGAAUCAGUAUGAAGGAUAGUACUACGAUGAAGUUGUGAUUCACUAUUCAAUUUCAAACCUUUGGGACUUAGUGCAAGCGUUGCUUUUUCAUUCAUGGUUGAAUCCUUUGACGUAGUAUUGUAUAGACUGUAUGAGAUGGUGAAGGUUUUUUGCACUAUACACAUUCAUCCAUAAUUUCUUAAAUGCAAAAUACGAAAGGUUUUAGAAAUGUAUUGAAAAAAAUAUAUUGUACAGAGAAAUGUAUGUGAGAAAUGUAUGUAUCGUUCUUAACUCCUUACAAAUUACAAAAUGCGGUGUAGACCGGAGAGUAGUCUGUGAUUUAAAUCCUGAAUACUGGAUUUUAAGCUGUAUACAUAUGUAAAUUAAUAAACAUUUAUUUGGGUGGUGAAAGAUACUGUCACUCUUAAUUUAAAACGUGUGAGAUUUCAUUUUGCUUCUUCACGCAUUCACAGAAAGUACCACAUUGUCUCAGUGCUACACAAAAUAAAUCUCCAUAUUCUGAACGAUUUCA